GAAGAGGGCCAUUUAAUAAUUUGACGAUAUUCUUCUUAUCUCUCAGCAUUCAACCUGCCCUCCUCCAUUUCCUUCUUUCUUCCUCUCUCCUCUUCCUCCUCCUCAUACGCAUUUCGUGAAUUCUUCUCAUUCGACCCAGUUGGAUCAUAAUCUUCUGACAGCAAAUAUCCCGAAAUCCGAGUUUCCGGGGCUCUCGAGGAAGAACCGGUGAGGAUGGCGAGCUCUGAUAAGGUUCCUUCUUUAGAGGAAAAGGUAUCCUCAACGGCGAGUAGAUACGGUGGGAUUGCUCCAAAGAAAAAGCCCCUCAUCUCCAAGGAUGGCAAGAGGGCCUUUUUUGACUCUGCGGAUUGGGCUUUGGACAAGAAGCAAGGGGCAGGUCAGGAGUCAGAAUGUGCCGCGGGAUCUUUGCAACCUAAAUUACAGAGAACGCCGCACCAACAGCUGCCUCCUCGAAGGCCAGCAUGUACCUCAGUACGGACUUCCAGUGAGUAGAGUUUGUGACCAUAUAUUCAGCAGCAUGGCGCUUUCAAGUAUCUAAGGCAGUUUGUUUUAUCUAAACUGAAUGUGGGGGACUGUUCCUUGUAAAGACCCUUUCAUCUAGUUAUCUGUCAUUUGGUAAGACUAUGUUAUCCUUUUAAUGAACAAUACUGAAAAUGAAAUAAAGAAUCAAAAGCAUAAAAUGAGAGACAAAUAGAA